AUGGACUUGAUUGCGCACAAGCCACAGCAGGCGACCGUCAAGCUGCAGCACGCAGUCGACCUGGGCUCAAGCGCGGCGUGUGCGACCUUGGCCAACCUGCUCGCCCGUGGCUGGCGCGCAGAGACAGCUCGACCAGCACUGUCGUCCCCGCCCCUCGUCGGCCCCUCGCCGCCCGCGACCUCUCCGCCCGCGUCCCACCCUCCUCCUCACGCUUAUCGCCCCCGCCCACCCCUCCGCCAACACUCGUCCGUCGCCGCACUGAGCGCACCGAGGCGCACAGCAGACUCGCAGCGCGCGGUCGGGCUGUUCUGCACCGGUCUCGAGGUCGAGCUGAGCAAGCCUGUUCGCCGGGACGGAGCCGACGCCAAGAGGGACGAGGACCCGGUCGAGAGCGGGUACGGCAGCGGAGAGGACGACGACGGCGCAGAGGGACGCUUCUUCAGCCUCGAGCGCGCACUGGACCUCGUCGUCGGCGUCACAGACGCACACAGGUUCGGCGUACUGCACGCACCGCAUACCCACCACACCGGACAACUCCCCUCACCGACCGACCAGGAGGGCGAGACGAACGACCUCUUGUGGCGGCGCAGCUCGAAACUCGCCUCUGAGCUUCUCGCACACGACGCAGUAGCGCCCGUACUGCACGCUCCGCCGACGCAGACCGAGCACCGACCGUCGCAGCGCCAGCGCCGCCGCGCUUCGUCCUCCGUCAGCCGCUCCUACACCCACCCCUCGUCGACCCUGACCGCAUCACCGUCUCCCUCGUCCGCCGACAGUCAGACCGCCUCGCUCUUCUCGCCCAAGCGCAAACUCCAACUCACCAUCGCCAUCCACGCGCUCUACACCCUCGCCGUCCAAUCCUUCGCCUCUUCCUCCUCCGCCUUCACCUCCUCCUCUUCUUCUUCGUCAGACGCCGAGAAACACUGGUCCACCAUCGUCUCCCUCGCUCAGCCGUACGCCUCACUCGGCGGGAUCGGGAUCAAAGAAGCGGACGAGUUGGUCGAGAGGGCGGAGAGGAGACUCGAGUCUCUUCGGCACCAGGAUAUGGGCGCGCAGGAGCCUUGGAGGCUGGCGAAGAAGAAGGGCAAGGAGAGGCAUGGAGAGCGAGAGGGGGAGGGGGAGGGAGUGUUGGGAACGAGCGCACUCACGAUCCGGCCGGUGUCGGUCAGGAGCAGUACCACGGUGGGAUCGUUUGGAGGACGGACCCCGAGGGUUGGGUCGGCGGCGGCGAAGUUUCAUUUCCAUGGAGAGGUGGACGAGGGAGACGAGGAGGCUGUUUCGCCGGCGCCUGUACCGGUCGCAGCCCUCGCCUCAGGUCUUCCAACCGCCGACCUCGCACACUCUCCGCCUUUCGCCCUCUCCCCGCCUAAUGCAUCGCUCGUCUCCCGCGUCCACUCGAGUUACUCGUCCACACCGUCGUCGAACGAAGAAGCGGCGUUGCAGUACCCCUCGCCGCCUGAUACGCCGCCGACCGAGUUGCCCUCCCAACUUGCGCCUUUCUCGCCUCCUCCGCCCGAGCCGAUCGCAGGUCCCUCGAGAACCUCGUCUCUCUCGCCGCCUCUUUCGACCGCGUCCGGCCUCGCACCCCUCUACGCACCCGACCGCUCCCCCUCCUCCGCCAUCCCACGCGUAACCUCCACCCGCUCAAUCCGCUCGACGCACUCGAUCCUCUCCAACCUCAAACACGACCCCCUCCAAUCCUACCUCGACCUGCGCCUCAAACGCGUCACCUCGUCAGCGAGUAUCUGUACGGCCCCGCCGGACUUUUCGAGGCGGCGGUACGAGGGGAAGGGGAAGGGGAGGAUGGUGGAGCCUGAGGAGGCGGAGGGUUUUGCGGUGGCUACGAAUGGACGCGUAAGAAUUAGGGCGAGCUCGAGAGCCCCUGCGCCAACUCGCCCCGAGCCCGAAGCGAAAACCUGGUUGUCGCGCUUCUGGUCAACAACCAAGAACCUCAAGGACCGGCCUGCUGCGGAUCCAACGCAGGAAGGGACGAGCGACCUCGAUCGGACGAGGAGUUCGAGCGCUGUGCAUGAGUUGAGGAAGGCGCUCAGGAGGCACGAGGAGGCGAGCGAGGUGAUGUAUAGCUAUUGGGGUGAGACGGAGUUUGUCGAGGACGAGGAGGUCGAGGGGGCGGAGCAGGGCGAGGUUGUUCAGGCGAGCAAGUUCGACUCGCCUGCCAUCCCGCCGCAAGCGUCGACGUCCGGCGAGUCGGCGCAGGCUGCGAAGCUGAGGCAGUCGCUCGCUGAGGCGGUCAACUCGGCGCCUCGUCAACGUACGGCGUCGGGCAAGCGUUCCUUCGCGCUCAACGACCCGACCGCCUCUCUCGACCCCUCUUCCUCCCGCCGCUCCUCGCACGAACGCGACCGCGACCGCUCCUCCUCCCGCCGCCGCCACGCGCGCCAACACUCCGGCUCGUCCGCCACCUCGACUGCCACCACAAUCGACGGUUUCCUCGCCCCUCCCUCACCCAUCACUCGUCGCCGGCGCCGAAAAUCCGAGCCUCGCCCUCUCAAGCCCGUCGCGAUGGACCCCCUCCUCCUCGAACUCGAGAAGCGCUCGCGCGUGGGCGUGCAGACUGUCUGCGCGGCAUGCGGGAAGAGGGGGCUGAAUUUCCCUGCGUGUCGGAAGUGCACGAGGACGUACUGUGGCAGGACGUGCAGGAUUGGGCAGAAGCAUGCUUGUACGCAGUCGCCGCCCGCGACGCCGGAGAAGGCGAAAAGGCCGGCUUGA